AUGGAUGAUAAUGAGUACUUGAAGCAUGUACCGAGGUUCGUUGAGAAAGCAGAGGAGCUAAAAUCAAAGGGCGUUGACGAUAUUCUCUUGAUCAGCGUUAAUGACCCCUUUGUUAUGAAGGCAUGGGCCAAAACUUACCCUCAGAACAAGAUGCAUGUCAAGUUCCUUGCCGAUGGCUCAGCAAAAUACACCCAUGCUCAGCUUGGUCUCGAGGUUGACCUUGCAGAGAAAGGACUUGGCACUCGUGCUAGGAGGUUUGCUCUCUUGGUUGAUGACCUCAAAGUGAAGGUCGCAAACGUUGAAUCUGGGGGUGCAUUCACCGUCUCCAGUGCCGACGAUAUCCUCAAGUCACUUUGA